AUGCCCUCUGUCGACCACCUCCACCACGCCAACGGCCGCGCCAACGGCCACUCGCACGACGACGAGGUCGACAAGCCCUUCCCCGGCCCCUCUCGAACUCGGCCCAGCCUCCUGCCCAAGCUCGUCCUCAAGCCGUGGCUCGCGACCGCCCCAGCAGGGCUCCUCCUCGAGAACGCGCGCGUCGUCGACCCGCGCUCGGGCGCGCUCCUCGACGGCCUGCACUCGGUCGUCGUCGAGCGGGGCAAGGUCACGCACGUCUACCCGGUCGACGAGCCCGACCUGUUCGCCGAGGAGGCGACCCUCAACAAGGUCGACCUCGCCGGCCGCUACCUGUGCCCCGGCCUCCUCGACGGCCACGUCCACGUCACGGCCGUGCCCGGCGUCAGGACCAUCGGCGAGCUCGUGCGCACGCCCGAGGAGCAGGUUCACUACGCGACGACCUACGUCCUCAAGGGCAUGCUUGAACGCGGCUUCACGACGGUCCGCGACACCGGCGGGGCGAGCCAGCCGCUCGCAAAGGCCAUCGAGGAGGGCCUGCUCGUCGGUCCUCGGCUCUUCCAGUGCGGCAAGGCCAUCUCGCAGACCGGCGGCCACGGCGACUUUAUGCCGGCCAAGAGCGGCGGCGAGCCAGGGUGUUGCGGCGGGCACUCGGCGUCGCUCGGGCGCACGGCAGACGGCGUGCCGCAGGUUCUGAAGGCGGUCAGGGAGGAGCUCAAGGCGGGCGCAGACUUCAUCAAGGUCAUGGUCGGCGGCGGUGUCGCAUCGGCGACUGACGCCAUCGAGACGGUGCAGUACUCGUCCGACGAGAUCCGCGCCAUCACCGACACGUGUCGGCAGAUGGGCCGCAAGCACUCGACGGCGCACGCCUACACGGUCGAGGCGAUCCGGCACGCCGUCGACAAUGGCGUCAAGGGCAUCGAGCACGGCAACCUGAUCGACAAGGAGACGGCCGAGUACCUGGCCGAGAAGGGCAUCUUCCUGACGCCCACCCUGUCCUGCUACGGCAUAAUGGUGCGGCCGCCGUUCGAGGACUUUCUGCCGCCAGAUGGCCAGGUCAAGAACAAGGAGGUCAUGAAGGACGGCCUGCAAGCGCUCAAGCUCGCAGAAGAAGCCGGCGUCACCGUGUGCUAUGGUUCCGACCUCCUCACCUCGAUGCACGCCCUCCAGACCGAGGAGUUCACGGUCCGAGCCGAGAUUCUCUCGUCGCCCGCCAUCCUGCGGCACGCCACCAUCAACGUCGCCAAGAUGCUCGGCAAGGAGGGCCUCCUCGGCGAGAUCAAACCCGGCGCGUUCGCCGACCUCCUCGUCCUCGACGCCAACCCGCUCGACGACAUCACGGUGCUCGACCGGCCCGAGGACCACCUGCUCGCCGUCGUCAAGGACGGUCGCGUCGCCUUCAGCUCUCUCCCCGAGCUCAAGACUGUCGAGGACGAGGCCAAGGCGGACUCGCUGCGGCUCAAGAAGCGCGCGAGGCUCGCGUGAGAGGGCGUCGCUCUCGUAGACACUAUUACAUCGCAUUGCACCCGUUCAGGUC